AUGAAUGAGACCGUAUAUAUAUAGGAGGUGUCCCCACCACCACGUUUGUUAAAACUCAAAAAAUUGGUAGCGGCGGCAACAAUCCAACGCCGUUGCUAACUUCGUAAACGUCACACUCCUUCACCAAUUCGUCUUCUAUUAUUUUCUCCGUCAAAUCUCAAUCAACCCUUUCGGAAGAAGAAGAAGUAUUUCUUAAUUCUUUGAUCAAUUCUACGAUUGAAUUAAACCGACAAAACAACUUCUUCCUCUUCUGCCGCUUCAUCAUUAGCUACCAAACCUGAUUCUUAUGACUUGAUAAUUCUUUGAUCAAUUCUACAAUAUCAUUGUGUGCUAGUUGAGUUGGAAUUUUGACUACAAUUUACCCAAUAUGAGUUUUGAGGACCUCGAAUCUGGCCGGGCUUUGAUUCCUCUUGCGGGGCCUAGGCACAUUGAGCAGGGCCCUUCUCGAGCCCUCGCCGCCGGCGUCUUCAGGAUUAACACCGCCGUCGCAGGCUAUAAACGCCUCGUCAAUUGCAUCGGAACUCCUAGAGAUGCCGUCGACCUCCGUCAUAAUCUCCGUAAAACGAGGCUACAGAUUAGGCAGCUGGUGAAGGAGACUUCGGCAGAGCUUGAUCGUGUCCGAGAAACCUACAAGUUUAGUGAAGUCAAUGACAGCAAGAAAAUUGCUGAUGCUAAGCUCACAAAAGAUUACGAAUCUGUUCUGAAAGACUUUGAAAAGGCUCAGCUGCUUGCAGCAGACAAGGAAAAGGCUUUUCCUCAUCCCAUUGCUAAUAAUGCUCGUCAGCCCAGCAAUAGAGCCAGUGAGCUGGAGAUAAGUUCAUUAAACCCCAUGCAGGCAUCUCUGGUUAGAGAAGCCAACAGACAUGUCAUGCAUAUGGAAAAUGAGAUAGUUCUUAAUGAAGCAAUUAUUGAAGAAAGGGAGCAAGGCAUUAGAGAAAUUCAGAAGGAAAUUGGUGAGGUCAAUGAUAUCUUCAAGGAUUUGGCUCAGUUGGUUAGUGCACAAGGAUCUCUGAUAGGUGAUAUAAGUUCAAAUAUCGAAAGUUCCCAUGCUUCAACUGGUGAAGCUGCUAACCAACUUACUAAAGCAUCCAAUACUCAAAGAUCUACAUCAUCCAUGACAUGUUUGAUGCUGGUUAUUGUUGGGAUCAUUCUGCUCAUUGUAGUUGUUGUUGUUCUGUCAUAAUCCAAGUUUAGACAACAUAUAUUCACUUCAAAGGCUGAGCAUGGUUCUGACUGAUUAGAGAUUAAGCUACUCUCCCUUGCUUCAUCCAGACGCUAGACGUUAUACCACAGGUCAUAGUCAUAUUGCUAGACUGCAAUUUGGGAAGGGUUUGCUGCUUUGCUUACCGGCAGCGGCAGGUACAGAUGAAUAUCAUUUCGUACAAUAUGUAACUUCUUACCAUGUACAUAAAUCCACCGGAGCCUAUUUUUUUGUUUAAAUGGAGAAAGUUUUAUUCUGCGA